AGAUGUGGUGCUGCUAUGUUUCUCCGUGGCAAACCCAGUGUCUCUGCGAAACUGCCGGGUCAUGUGGUACCCAGAGAUCCGGCGUUUCUGCCCCAACACUCCAAUCCUCCUUGUGGGCUGCAAGAAUGACCUUAGAUAUAUUUGUAAAGAUGAGCAGUACUUGAGUUAUUGUCGAGACCGGUCCCCUCUCGUUAGACCAGUCCGGGAGUGUGACCUGGUCAUGCCAUGUGAAGGAAGAGCAGUUGCCCGUGAGAUUGGUGUAGAAUACUAUGAGACAUCGGUGCUUACUUACUUUGGGGUAAAUGAGAUAUUUGACAAUGUGAUUCGAGCCGCCCUCAUAUCCCGGAGACAACAGCGCUUCUGGAUGACCAACCUUAAGCGCGUCCAGCGACCUACGUUACAGGUGCCUUUCUGCCCGCCCAAGCCCAAGGUUCAGGAUCCUUCUACUGUUGGGAGCACAUUGCGUGAGGAUUUCCACUGUCUUCUCACAAGCGCUGCCUUCACAGACCUGGUGCUGGUUGCUGGAGGUGGACCCACGGCUGGGGGCACCAUUGUCCAUGCUCAUAGGUUUUUGGUGGCCUCUGCAUCAACUGCCUUCCAUAAGCUGCUCAUGACUGACCUCUCUGACUGUGUUACUACACGCCGCAGCUCAGAUUCGAGCAUGUUGAGUGGAACAUUUGGUGAUACCAACCUUGGGAACUUCAACUCUGAUACUGAAUGUCUCCUUGGUAAUGAUCAUAGUCUGCAACGCCCAGCAAGGUUCGUAUUAAAAGCUGUUUCUUCAUCCAGUCGCCUUCGGGAGGCUGUAAAGAGGAGAUCAAGUAUGCAGACUUUACCCCAAGAACAACACCCGGGUAUUCACAGAGAACUUAACCAUGCAGCCUUCCAAGCCAUUAGUAUAGAACAAUGGGAUGACAGAGGUAGUGACAGAAAUUCCUCAGAUCGUAGCCCACGCCAGUCCCCAGCCUGGGUCCCAGUUCAGACAGUAGUGCAACUCAGUAAGCUAGUGAGCAAUUCUGCUUUACGUAUUAUUGUACAUUUCCUCUACACGGGCACAAUCUUCUGCCGUGAAUGCCAUCUGCCAACAGUGGAGCUUAGCGAACUGAAGCAAGCAGCAGAGUUCUUAGAAUUGCCUGAACUCCAGACAUAUGUUACCAACCUAAUGAACAAGGAGGAGUUCCUCAAUAACGACCUCUCUCAGCAGUACCUGCAGAUGUUGUGUGGUCGACUAAAGGAACUGUGCUUAGAAGGUGGACUCUUCUCAGAUGUCCUUUUCCAGUUAGAAGACGGCACAGCCUCUGUCCACAGACCUCUGCUCAUGUCGCGCUGUGACAUGAUGCAUGCCAUGUUCUCUGGAGACUUCAGAGAAAGCAAUGCCAAAGUGAUUACCUUCCCGGGUGUAAAGCUCAGAACGUUCCAGGUCCUGUUACAGUACUUGUAUACUGACACUAUACCCACACUCAAGACCAGAGAAUGUCUUCCCAUUGUGGAGCUGGGCAACCGCUUGUGUCUUCCUCGUCUCAUAUCAUUGGUCGAAAACGAGAUCAUUGAUCUUUUUCAGCGAGUGAUACAGGCCGGCGGUGAUGUCAGUGAGGAUUGCAUCUACCUUCUUGAGCCAUUACAGAUGCACAAUGCUCAUCAGCUAGUGGAGUGGUGCCUCACAUGUAUGGCAACAAACUACAACCACGUCUGUAACAAGCAUGCAAAGCAAUUGCGUUCACUCCACCCAGAAAAUCAGGCAUAUUUGAAUAGACAUCGAUGGCCUCCUGUCUGGUACCUCAAAGACUAUGAUUAUUAUGAGAGGUGUUUAGUUGAGCGACAGCGAGAAGAAAACCCCAUCAAACCCCUGAAGAGGUCUCGGAACACUGCUGGCUGUCUCUGCUUCACAUCCAAGAGCCGCAGGAAUGCAGAGAAACAAAACUAUCGCACAAUACCGUACGAGACCUGUGGAUGGUACUGCUGGCCCUGGAUAGAACAUCUAUUAUGAGGGCACUAAAUGGCCACCUUCACCAGUCACCCGUCAACUGUCACCUUUCAACAACCACCUGUCAACUGUCACCCCUUCAACUUUAACCAGUUAACAUGUAAUACCAAUCACUAUUCAACAUACAUCUGUUAACUACCAUAUGUUAGCAUACAUCUGUAGUUCAUAAGCACUUCAGACCCACCAAAGAAUAUUCAUACUAAUUAUAACUGGCUCUAACCUCUAAUUACUAUCUAUGUGGUUUGUGAUGUCACCAGUUGAAAUUAAUGAAGGUUCUGUUUAAAAAAAGGUCAGUACAUAGAGGGUGUUGGCAGAUGAUCGGACUCACUCUAUAUGGCACAAAAUAUCAAGAGUUUACAGGUUGAUCUCCACAAGCUACAUGAGGGUGAAAGGAUGCAAUGUGCCUGAAGGUGGUCAUAAUGCAUAGUCUGGAAACAGUUUUACUUAGCCUUUAAAAAGAAGAUACUAUGAAUUUAUUAGUUUAAAUAUCAGGGAAAAUAAACAUGGAAGAGAAAUUCUAGAAGGUUAUGGUUAGAUUAAAUAGUUUGUAAGAGUCAUUGAUGACAAAAGUCAGGAAUCUGCCACAAUUUGUGCAGGAUUUGAGCUCAAGGUAAUUACAGGGAAUCACCAUAAAAAUGACUUGAAGGCUGUCUGCAAAUAAGAUAAGAAAUACUUAUGUGUUUUUUACCUUUUAUUGAUAAUUCCAGAGAAUUUCAUAUACAUAAAACAUCUAACAAAGAGACCUACUCCAUAUGACAGAAAUGGCAAACAGAGGAAGAAGAUAUGUAAAAUAAUAUCCCUUAUUAAUGUGUUCUUUGUUAAGUUGAAACAAAUAAUUUUAAAGUAAAAUUAAACAUUGUAAAACAAGUUGUAAUGCAAAUAACAUUUUUUGUUGGAUUAAUUGUCUACCUAUUUCUAGGUAAUUUACUUUGCAUUAAGAACAAUAUUUUUUGUGAUAUAGAUAUUUAACAGAGUACAAAAAUGAUGAAAGAACAUUAAAACACUAAUUUCAUAAUCAACAUGAUGUUCACCGAAACUCACAUGGUUUCAUCAUACCGCAGUCCAUUACUUGCAUUCUUUCAGUUAUUCCACGUCAUGAAAAGUAUACAUAAUAUAGAAAGGUCAGGAAUGCCUGUAUUCUGUGUUCACUUCCUUUUUCUCAUUUUGUCAAGCAUUCCCCACAUUUACAACACAUAAUUACCUCUGAUAAUCAUGAUACAGAGGCAUGAAUUAUCAGAUACAACAUUUUGCGGUAAUCUGUGAAAUCUGGUAAUAAAAUAAUUAUUUACAUUUCUUGAAGCUUUAGAGCCGUGAUUCUUACAAUCAAGAAUAUGUGAUACAUAAUUUUUUUUUUUUUUUAUAAGAAGCAGACCCUGGACAAAGCAGAUUGAAAUUUGCCUCAUUCGAAAUGUAUCAAUAUAUUCCCAAGACAAAACUCAUUUCCAGAGUUAGUCAACCAUUCAGCAGUAGGCUCUUAACACAGUAUUCCCUCAGCAAGUUCCUCUCACGAACAUCACCGCGGGGACAAUGACGGUCUUUUAAUUAAGAGAGCUGAGAGGCUGAUUGACUGUUGCCAGACUUAUAAUUGAUAAGGUCAUUUUCACUUCCUGUGCAUUAACGUUGUGUACAUCACUUUCCUGAAUUUAGUAAUGGUGAUACAAACAGUUUAGACCAUUUAUACAAUCAACUGUGCUUUCGCUGUUCUCUGUCUAUAGAGAUAAAAAUAAGUGCAAAACGUGAUAUUGAAGAGAAUUAAAGGAAAUUGCCAAGGUUGUAAAAUUCAUAUGUAUGGAUUUUUCUUUAGCAUCUUGUGCGACAGUUACACAUAUGAAUGGAGUUAAUCAGUAGUACAUAUGAGUAGUAUGCAGACUAGUAUCUGGCGUAUUCACAGCAACCUCCUCCGCUAAACUGUAGAUGAAGGAGGAGCAUAACCAACCUUCUAAGUCAGCUUUGUUUAGAAAAAAAAAUGAGUAAUAUAGAGCAGUGAAAAUCAUCCAGGAGAUAAGAGGGCAGGCCUGGAAGCAGUGUAAACCAGCUAGAGAUCAUUAAUAUGCAGUGCAAAGCAAGCACAAGUAUAGAUAAAACUGCCAUGAAAAUGAGCAUUAGGUGUAACAUGCCAGUCGUAAAUAACAAACACAUUUAUAUCGUAGACAUAGACCAAGUGUAAGCAGUGACAGAAAGUCUGCAUUGGAUAUGCCACUUAAAUUGUAAGCACAUGAGCAUAAUUGUGUGAUCAAGCUUUGAUGUAGGUCAGGUGUACUGAUGAGAUGCAGUAGCAUAAACUAAACUUAGAAAAAUAAGUAUCCCAAGCUGGGAUGUUAAGAUUUGCCAAAGUGUAGAAACAAACUGAAGUAGGAGGCAAGCUUGUCUUAAGUAAAGUUUGUGUAAAUUUUUACUAAAGUAAGAGGUUUAAACUGUAUUGCAUUGCUUUCUCUCAAGAAGGAAAUUUAUCGUGAUAAGGAAACGUACUAGGAAACAUAAUCUUAAAUCACUAGGCCAAACAAACAUAAGUAGUUAAACUGACAUCUCAGGGACGGCUGAAGUGGGUUCAUUCAAAACUAUAAUGUGCACAGUGAAAAGCUGAAAGAGAAGGAGACGCAGUGGAAAAGUCAUCAAGUUGUGUUAAAAAAAAAAAGAACAAAUCCUUCAACUAAGCACUAAAAAAAAAAAUACAAAAAACCAUACAGUGAUCAUGAACUCGAGUGCAGCCAUCUCAUGAUAUUCCAAGAAAGAAAUGCCAGUGGAAAAAAGUCUCAGUGCCGCAUUGUACAAGGAAACGAGUGCCAUUAUGCUGUGCAAAGUUAGGCUGAAACAAGAGGCAAAAUUUCUUUGAAUUCAAGCUAUGAAAGAAUGUAAAAAGGUGUAGUAAACAGUAAGUGGUUUAUGUUGUAAGGUUAUGAUGAUGUAACGUCCAGUGUGUUGGACAGACAAAAUCAUACAGGCAUUAGGCUUACUGGAAGGUAUGUCCAUAAUGCAGGUUUGGGUUAACAUUGAUUACAUUGUAAGUCGUUUUGAAUCUCUAUUGGUUAAAGAAUUGAAGCAUUAUACUCUUAGUUGGAUUCAAGCUAGAGUUUGGGAUAGAGGUAUAGUCAAGGACCAAGCUGGAUCUGAAGUUUCACUAUAGUUUGGGACCAAGCUUGAAUGUCUGGUUACACUGAAGAUUAGGUAAAAAAAAAAAUAAAAAAAAUAAAAAGAAAGAAAAAAAAUGUAUGUAAGGCCAUGCUUUUGUAAAGUUAAGGUGAAAUGUUUUGCUAAAUGUUAACAACCCAAUAAACCUUUGCCUGAUGACUAAGCAGAAUGGUUAAACAAAUGCCAAAGUUUAAUAUUAACAAUUUGAUUUUCAGGUGAUGACUAGGUGUGAGGACUGUGUACUGGCUAUGUUCCAUGUAAGAAAUUUAUGAAUAGCAUUUUACUGAACAGUGUUGAAGGGAAGUGCAAAACUAACCAGUACACGCAAUACACAAGUAAAGUAAAUCCAAACUAUUACAAACAUUAAGGUUAUACUGGUGAAUAUUGGUGAUAUAUUAAAACCACUUCACAGUAAGUAUCAGUUAUGUUGUCUGUGAUCUUGCUAAAGCCAUGCCAAUGCUGAUAUACAAGGAAGAUUAUACACCUUUUUGACUAUAUUUAUAGAUUCUAACAUAAACAAUACACAGACAUUUAUACUGAUGUUAAAAAACGGCCUUAGAAUUUGCAAAUUAAAGAUACAAAUGCUAAAGGUUGAAUAAGUAUUCAUAUGCAUUGGGUUUAAUGAAUUAUCCAAAAUGCUAAAACCAUAUAAGUGCACAUAUCUAUACAAAGAUUUCUUCUGGUUGUGAAUUUUUAAGGAAAAGUCCCAUGUGCGUAUGUGGGGUGUACAUGUCUACAUACACAUGUCCGCUCUAUUUUAAAAUUUGAGCCUUGCUUAAAAAUGAAGACUUCAUUAUCCAUGAAAAUCUCUUCUUAUUUUGUCAGUGGCUUUCUAAUCAAUGUAAAAACAUAAUUUCAUAAUUUUUUUUUCUAUGAAAAUAGGUAAUUCUGUGAGGAGAUAUAUUUUUGACAUGCAUGAAAUAUUCACAUGAAACUAUCCUGUAAGCAAAAGAAUGUCAGCCCAGAAACAUAUAGAACAUAUUGUAAGGCUCAAUAUGACCAUUUAUCCAACUUUCAUAAAUAAUCAAGGUUGUCCAACUUCUAAAUGCAAAUUAUAAAUCAAUUCCUCCUUUGCAUUUAUAUCGUUCAGACAGUGAAACAAAUACUGUGAUAUUUCAAGCAGUAAUAUUUUAUUGACAUAAUCUUUCACUUUGAAUAUCAGUAUAAGAGUGUAUACAUUAACCUUGUUAAAUCAGCAUAAGGUAGUCAGCUGUCACCCAUUACACCUUAUAUAACAGUAACAUUUUGUAAGGUCAAUAUAAUCUUGUGUCCUGGAAUGUAUUGAGUAACUAUCAGUCAGAAAAGGUGCAGAAACACUAGGAGUUAUUAUAGGAAAAAAAUGUUUCUCUCAUAAGUGUAACUGUUGCAUUUGUAAGAGGAUAGAAUAUGCCUAAACAGUUCUUACAGACUGUGACAACCACAAGAUGUUUUGAGUCGACUUCAGCCCUGUUUUGAGAAAAUACUCAUAGUAAUGCUGUUCAACAUUGGCCUAACAUGUCUAAAGAGUUAUAGUCUUUUUGCUUUGGAGUUUUUGCAUUAGUUUGAACCGAUUUCAUGAAACAUAUGCACUAAAGCUUGACAUCUUUUAUAAAUAAUAAUAAAAUAAUAAAGAAUUAAUAAAUCUAAUUUACAAAAAAAGAAAAAGAAAAAGAAAAAGAAUAUCAUAGUUAUGAGAACAGCUAUGAACCAGGUGCAGGGGCUUACAAACGAUCAGAAUUAGAGCACUUAGCCAGACCCAAAGUAGUAAUGAGCAUUGUAAACGCGUCGUUCAUAUUACAUGUAGGUGAGAACCACUUAUUUUAAUACAGCAGUGUUUAGUCUGUUCCUGUCAUUGGCACUUAUCUAAAGUGUUGCACAUAAGUGGUAGCUCAUAAGUGGUUCACAUCUAGUUUCAUCACAAAUCACUUCAGAUCAUCAUAGGUUUGUAGAGUAUGAGUAGUUUACACUUUUUAUGACAAGUAAUCUUGAAUAAGUUUCCUCGGGCAUUCUAUAAACUGAACUCUUCUCACAUCUGUGAAAGUUCUAUUUUUACAUGUUUAGGAAAUAAUUCCUUCCAGGUCUUACAGUUUACAUGACCAAUCAUUGCAUCUGCUUUGCUGGAGCCAGGAGAGGUACCAAUAAUGCCAUCCAACUAUUUUGUGUCAUCACUCAUCACAUCAUAGUCAAAUGUGUUUGUAUAAAGUUACUCUCAUGAACUAAGAAUCUUUGGGAUUUGUGAACAAGGUUAACUGUAUUUUAUUCUGAUGAUUUUGUAAUUCAUUACAGAGGCAGAAUGUGAAAUACAUCAGGUAAUGUGAAUGACAAUGAGUUUAGUUUACAAAAAUACAUUCUGUUCUGACAAGUUUUUGGGAUGUUAAAAAAAAAAAUGUAAAGUAUAUAAAGUAAUGUGACAAACUCUGGGAAAGUUUUUUUUCUAAUGUCAAAGGUAAAACAAAUUCACAAUUCAUUAGGUUUAAUAUGAAGGUGUUAAUUGCUUAGGUGAGAAUGCUAUUGAUUUCAGAAGCUCAAAUAUGUUAUGUUGUUUGUGGCUAUGAACAGAUACUGUGACAAUACAUAGUUAUGAUAAUAAUUUAGUAUGAUAUUUUCACUUAUUAAACACAAUAAUUCUGGAAAUAAUUAAUUGGAAAAGAAAACCCAUUUAGUACACCAAAAUUAAAUAGGAACAAAAUGUAAAGAUUUUAUUUAUUAUUUAGGUACAAUAGGUGUAUGAAGUGAUACCAAGAUGGCACGAGAGAACAUGAGCAAAUAGGCAGUUCUUCCCACAGUCUGUGUGAUAUAUGUGGUCAUCACCAUUGACACCACCAUUGCCAUACUCACCACAGGACGUUCACCAUGAUGUCAUUCUCCAUAAUCUCAGUAACCACACUUUGAUUGGUCUUUUCACUUCCAUAGGCUGAUAUCAUGCAGUAAUAAUAAACUACAUAUAUAACACCACAGUUCCAUAAUGCUGCAGGUGUAGUACACAGUCCCGUAACUUCACACCCAUUUCAAUUAUACUUACAUUAUUUCAGGGUAAACUCCAGCCAGUCAAAGUUUGGGUACUAGGGUUAGUUCCUCAUAUUCAUGCAAGCUUUGGAAAUGUCAGAAAGUUCUUUUAAUGAUAGAAUUUGAUGAAUAAACUAAUUGAUCAGUUU